AUGGACAACUCUAACUGGUCCCACGUCGGAACUUCGGCAACCAAGUUUGUCCUGGACCCGAACAAACCCACAAUGAACCUCGGUUCCCUUAACGACAACAGUCGGGACGACGAAAUCUGCCGCGUAGUCCUGCACGAGUUUGGCCACGCACUUGGGUGCGUCCACGAGCACCAGAGCCUAGCCGCCGACAUCCAUUGGGAUGAGGAGAAGGUGAUCGCCGAUGCGAAGAGACUAUACCAUUGGGACGAGGACAAGACGCGCACCCAAAUCUUUGGCAAGGAGCUCGAUGCCACAAUGCACUCCGCCUUCGAUCCCUCCUCGAUCAUGUGCUACAUGAUCCCGCCCGAGUGGACCAAGGAUGGGCGCGGCAUCAACGAAAACCUGGCGCUGUCCGAGACCGACAUCAGCUUCAUUCGCAAAGCCUACCCGUUCCGAACGCGUAACACCGGCCGUCUGAGCGUGAGCCCCGACAUCCGCCAGCCUUACCCACCCCUAGCGCUCAACUCAAAGAUCAUUGAGUUCGACCCGCCCUAUCCCCUGCCGCCGCGGAUUAUACUCGGCCUCACCUUGCUCGACGCAGCUAAGACGGCCAACAUCCGCGUUCGCGUACACACGCUAUCCCAGAGCCAGCGGAGCAACAAGAGUUUUACGCUCAACCUGGACGCCUGGGCAGAUACGGAGCUGUAUAACGCUGCGGCCACGUGGCUCGAGUUUGCUAGGAGCGAGGUCAACUUCGAAGUGGGCCAGUUCGACACGACCGACAACCGCUCCUUUGAGGACCGGCAGCCCAGCGCCGAAGGCAAUUUCCGGCGUGACAUGCAACAUGUUGACUUCCCGCCUGGCAAGUAUGCCGAGGCGCCCAAUGUGACGGUUUGGUUGAACGCUCUGGACUUGAGCAAGGACUUCAAUUGGCGGAUCCGCGCUGCAGCGCGCAACGUAACGACCUCUGGGUUUGACGUUGUUAUCGAGUCGUGGGACAAUACAGUUGUCUACAGCGCGUCGGCGGCCUGGGUAGCCUGCCCUAGAAACCAUCCAGGCGUUGCCAGCGGCACCGUUAGCUCGAGCGCCCACCGCAAGUGGUUCCCCCCGCGCCUUGCAAAUGGUGGUCGUGUGAAGUUUGACAUCCCGUUCGACCGCACUGAGCCCAAGGUGUUUAUCGCACUCAAUGAGCUUGACAUGGACAACUCGCGUAAUUUCCGUGUCAAGGUCUCUGCCGAUAAGAUCGAUGAUAAAGGAUUUAAUUGGCAUGGUGAUGCAUGGGCAGAUAGUAUUCUCUACACUGUUGGCGCAGAUUGGAUUGCCUUUGGCUAG